UAUAGAUAGCAUUCUUAUAAGCAUAACCAAAACCAACUUUAAAAAAAUGGGGUCUCCAAUGACCUCUGCUUCUCUCACUCUAGCAUUGGCCAUAAUUUUUUUCAGUCUCCCAUUUGAAAUUUCAGCAAACAACUACCCCUCUCCUCCACCACCCAAGAAGCCUUAUCACUAUGAUCCAUCUCCACCACCUUACAAGAAGCCUAACAAAUACCACUCUCCUCCUCCACCAGUUCACAACCCUAACCCGUUGUACCACUCUCCCCCUCCACCUCCAAAGAAGCCCUACAAGUACACAUCCCCACCACCACCACCUAAGAAACCAUACAAGUACACAUCUCCACCACCACCACCUAAGAAACCAUACAAGUACACAUCUCCACCACCACCAGUACACAAGUACCCUCCCCCUUCCCCACACCACCCAAUCUAUCACUCACCACCACCACCACCACCUAAGAAGAAACCCUACAAGUACACAUCUCCACCACCUCCAGUGCACAAGCACCCUGAUCACCCAGUUUAUCACUCUCCACCACCACCAUCACAUAAGAAACCAUACAAAUAUACAUCUCCUCCACCUCCCGCGCACAAAAAGUACCCUUCCCCUCACCCAGUCUACCACUCUCCUCCACAACCACCACCACCGCUCUCUAGGCCUUACCCACACAAGUCUCCUCCUCCUCCACCACAUGCACUACUACUAUAAAUCACCUCCUCUACCUUUACCACUACUAGAUAGUGCUUUGGUUUCACACCACAUGGAUCUAAGCAGAAAGUUUGAAAACAUAAAAAGCCAUGAACGGAACGAAGCACUUCACAAAUAUAGAAUAAGAGGAAACUUUUCAUAUAUUUCAUCAGUGUUUAACUAGUGUUUAAAUUGUAUUUUCUUUAUUUAUUUUUAUUGUACGUGUUCUUAUUGUGUUGAACAAUUGUAAGGCACUUGUCCAUCCAAGUACUUCCAGUUGCCUGCAUGCAAUGUAAUUUUCAAAGUUGUGUCUGUUCGCAUAUCAUGCUGACAAGGCAACAUAUUUAAAAUAA